AUGUCUCCUUUCAAGUGGACAAUGUGCCUUCUCUUGCUUUCUCAAGCUGCUUCUGGGCUUUACUUUCUAAGAAAGGACUACCACGAAAGUGUGUACACGGAUCAGCCGGCCGGGACGCGUCUCCUGCAGGUCAACGUCAUGAGGGACAGAGCAGACGAGGUCCCCCAUUUCCGACUUUGCAGAACUAUCAUGAGUUAUAACCCUUACUUCUGUUUCUUCGGGGUGGAAGAGCGGACGGGAGUUCUUUACCUCAAUCGGAGCUUGGAGAUGCUAGACUUCAGUAUCGAAUUCCAAGGAAGCCCAUUAUCCUACCAGAGGAUUACUCUUAAGGUGUCCGUCCUGCCCCAACCAUUUCGGGAUGAGGACUGCGAUGUGGCCCCCUUCGUCUUGGUUCGCCUUUCCCUCAACAACGCCACGUCGCCCAGCUGCUCCUCUCUACCGCCCAGGGAUCUUUGCUUCAGUGACACGGACCUUUCCUUUCAUAUCAUGGAGAACAAACCUCCGGGGGACUUCUACCAAUUUCAUCCGCACCCUGUUGUCCAACACUGCCCGAACAUUACCGUAGAGUACAUGCUGAUAUCGGAGUCCGAUACGCCGUUCCACUACAACCCCGACGCAUCCAAAGUGAGCCUCUUAAAUCCCCUUGACCGCGAAGAGAGGGAGACGUACGAUCUUGUGGCGAAGUGCAUGCUGAGGGAUUUAAGCUCUCAGCUGGAGGUAGUCGUGGAGCAGUCCUUCCGAGUCCUGGUGGACGACGACGAUGACUCUGCCCCGUUUGUCCCCAGUGGAAACGACACGGCAGCCUGCGUGGUGGAAUUCGAGAGGAUAAAGGGAACAGUUGUGGGUUUGCUCACCGUGUAUGACGCCGACACCACUCCCGUGUACCCAUUAGACUUCGGCCGGGAGAAGUACACGGAGAAAAUAGUCAGCGGCGACCAGUUCGUUCUUGCGAAUUUCCGAGUCCAGCACCACUUUCACGAGAUAAAAUUCAAUUCCAGAGGAAACUUAAUCCGCGGGACGCUGCACGAGUAUCGUCUAGUCCUCAACAAAAACGUGUCCAUCUCCAAAACCGGAUCCUAUCAAGUCCCCGUUUUGGUGAACGACACCGAAUUCCCGGGUCCUGGCGGCGAGGUGAUGCUGUACUUCAACGUUACGAUCCUCCCGGUGGAAAUUAAAUUCCCAAAUAUGACCUUCCAGUUUACGGUCAACCGCCAAGCUUACCAAUACGCCCAGAUAGGAAAGGUCUACGUUGAAAACUACUCAUCUUUCAAAGGGUUCAGCGUUGCCUACAGCAUGCAGAUUGAAAAUACCACCUAUGCCGUCGGCAUUUUGCAGGGACAGGAGGAAAGCUUUGCUACCCUCUUCGUCAACCAGUCUUCCGCCUUGGUAAAUCACGAAGCAAGAGAGAUACAAGGCGUGGUUUUUGCUUCAAACAGGAACCUCAAAAGAACGGUGAAAACGCCUAUCACCAUAGUCUUGGAAGGAGAACCUGGAAGGGAGGAGGAACAGUGCCAAGGGUCCUGCUCGGAAAAUAAGUUGCGUUCGGAGUGCGAAGAAUGUGGCGGGUUGGGCGCAGUCACUGGAAGAUGCCAAUGGAGACAGGGUCGUGGAGAAGGAAUCACCACAAAUUAUUCGACCUGCACUCCGAGCAUGAAGACCUGCCCCGACGGGACAUGCGAUGCGGUGGAACGCAAGGACCUAGCGAUUUGUCCUCAGGAUUGCAUAAGGGAUAAUAUAAUUGGCGGACACGAAAAAGGAUUUCCGUUGGGAAUCAAGGCGGGUUACGGCACCUGUUACUGCUUCAAGUCGGAGAAAUGCUUUUGUGAGAAGAAUAUCAUUGAAGCUCCGCUCUGUGAUGAUACGUGCAAGACCGCAAUUGCAUGCGGGGUGCUCCUGUCCUUCAUAAUCUCCGUGCUUCUUUCUUCGUACUUCAUCCACCGUUAUCAUAAAAACUCCCCCAAGCCACCCAUUGCAUCCGCCGAGAUGACCUUCCGACGCCCGGCCCAGUCGUACCCUGUCAGUUACUCUUCCACCAACGCCCGUCGACCCUCUUUGGACUCCAUGGAAAAUCAAGUCUCGGUGGACUCCUUCAAAAUAGCUGAGGAUCCGAAGUGGGAAUUUCCACGGAAAAACCUGGUCUUGGGAAAAACUCUUGGCGAGGGAGAGUUUGGAAAAGUAGUUAAGGCGACGGCGUUUAGGCUGAAGGGCAAAGCCGGUUACACCACCGUGGCCGUGAAGAUGCUGAAAGAAAGUGCAUCUCCGAGCGAGCUACGAGACCUCCUGUCUGAGUUUAACCUUCUGAAGCAAGUGAAUCAUCCACACGUGAUCAAGCUUUAUGGCGCCUGUACACAGGACGGGCCCCUGCACCUUAUCGUGGAGUACGCAAAAUACGGGUCUUUGAGGAGCUUCCUAAGAGAAAGUCGUAAGGUUGGACCAAGCUCCGGAGAUUCCAACCGUAACUCCAGCUACCUGGACAACCCUGACGAAAGGGCGCUUACCAUGGGAGACCUCAUCUCCUUCGCGUGGCAGAUAUCCAGGGGGAUGCAGUAUUUGGCGGAAAUGAAGCUCGUCCACCGGGAUUUGGCGGCCAGGAACGUGCUCGUGGCUGAAGGACGCAAAAUGAAAAUUUCGGACUUUGGGCUGUCCAGAGAUGUGUAUGAGGAGGACUCGUACGUGAAGAGGAGCAAGGGAAGGAUUCCAGUUAAGUGGAUGGCUAUCGAAUCCUUGUUUGAUCACAUCUAUACAACCCAAAGUGACGUGUGGUCCUUCGGGGUCCUGUUGUGGGAAAUCGUUACUCUCGGGGGAAAUCCGUAUCCAGGGAUCGCUCCAGAACGGCUGUUCAACCUACUGAAAACCGGCUACAGGAUGGAGAAGCCUGAGAACUGUAGCGACGAAAUGUACAAUCUCAUGUUGAAGUGUUGGAAACAGGAGCCAGACAAGAGGCAGACAUUUGGGGAGAUCAGCAAAGAACUGGAGAAAAUGAUGGUGAAAAGCAGGGACUAUCUGGAUUUGGCUGCCUCCACCCCUGCUGACUCCAUGCUCUAUGACGACGGCCUUUCCGAAGAGGAGACCCCUCUGGUGGAAUGUAUCAAUAGCCAACUUCCUCGAACACUGCCCUCCACCUGGAUUGAAAACAAACUCUAUGGCAUGUCUUAUCCGAACUGGCCUGAAGAAAGCCCUGUUCCAAUCCCAAGAUUUGAUGCCAAUCAGUCUGUUUUUACAAGAUAUGCCAAUGACUGUGGUUAUGCUAAUUGGAUGAUUCCACCCUCAACGGCAAAAUUUAUGGACAAGUUUGAUAGCUAAUUUUCCAGUAUUUCCCCUCCCCCUCCCACGGUGGAAGGUAACAAAAAAAGAAAUAAACAAAUGUGAAAGUGAAAAAAGAAAACAAAAAUGCACACAAAGGAUAAAUGGAAAUUCCAAUGUCUGCUUCUUUGUGCGGGUGAAAAAGUGGUUAAACCAAUGUCCAACUUUUUGGUUCUCAAUAUCUCCAAAAUGACUUGGUCUACCUCUCGGGGGCUGCACAUUGUUUCCAAUUUUCUGUGGAAUUUUUUUUUUUUUUUUUUUUUUUUGCAGAAUUGGAAAAUUCCCAGGAAAAUUUUCCAAAACAUAUCAAAUCUGUAAAAAAAAAAAAAAAAAAAAAAAAUUAAAAAAAAAAAAAAAUUGCGAUGUUGAACUUUUUGCUGAUCUUGCACAAUUAUUCUGGAUUUUAGUACGUCAAUGUUGGUAUGA